GGGUUAGGUUGCGGCGCGGGCGGCGGGCGGAGCUGGUCCCGUUGUGCUGCGGCUCCGCGCGGCCUGCAGUCCCGGGCCCGCGCCCCGCGCCGCCCGCCCGCACGCCAUGGAGCCCGGCCCCGACGGCCCUGCCGCCUCCGGCCCCGCCGCCAUCCGCGAGGGCUGGUUCCGCGAGACGUGCAGCCUGUGGCCCGGCCAGGCCUUGUCGCUGCAGGUGGAGCAGCUGCUCCACCACCAGCGCUCGCGGUACCAGGAUAUCCUCGUCUUCCGCAGUAAGACCUACGGCAACGUGCUGGUGCUGGAUGGCGUUAUCCAGUGCACGGAGAGGGACGAGUUCUCCUACCAGGAGAUGAUCGCCAACCUGCCUCUCUGCAGCCAUCCCAGCCCACGAAAGGUGCUGAUCAUCGGGGGUGGCGACGGGGGCGUCCUGCGGGAGGUCGUGAAGCACCCCUCCGUGGAGUCCGUGGUCCAGUGUGAGAUUGACGAGCCUGGUCCGCCGUGUGCCCUCCAGGAUGUCAUCCAGGUCUCCAAGAAGUACCUGCCGGGCAUGGCCAUUGGCUACUCCAGCUCGAAGCUGACCCUGCACGUGGGUGAUGGUUUUGAGUUCAUGAAGCAGAACCAGGAUGCCUUUGACGUCAUCAUCACCGACUCCUCAGACCCCAUGGGCCCGGCAGAAAGCCUCUUCAAGGAGUCCUAUUACCAGCUCAUGAAGACAGCCCUCAAGGAGGACGGCAUCCUCUGCUGCCAGGGCGAGUGCCAGUGGCUGCACCUGGACCUCAUCAAGGAGAUGCGGCAGUUCUGCAAGUCGCUCUUCCCGGUGGUGGGCUACGCCUACUGCACCAUCCCCACCUACCCCAGCGGCCAGAUCGGCUUCAUGCUGUGCAGCAAAAACCCGAACACCAACUUCCGGGAGCCCGUGCAACAACUGACACAGAAGCAGGUGGAGCAGAUGCAGCUGAAAUACUACAACUCAGACGUGCACCGGGCGGCCUUUGUGCUGCCUGAGUUUGCCCGCAAGGCCCUGAACGAUGUGAGCUGAGCCGGGGAGUUGCCGCCGCCCAGGACCCGGGACCAGGGAGCCUCCAGGGUGCCUGGGCCCCUCCAGGCCUGGACCAGACCUGCCGGCUCUCACCCACCAACCAAGUGUUACAGGCCCCGGAAUGCUGCCCGGCCUGCCCCCCUGGGCGGACUGUCUGUCUCUCUGGAGCAUUCAGCCUCCAAGCCUAUACCAGCUGUGUACAGCGCCGUCUCUCUGCCUUUGUCGCCCCUCAACUCACCAAACACGCGUAUUUAUAACAAAGUUUGCAA